AUGGCGUCCCCUGUCGCAUCCGCCGCCCUCAAGGCGCGAGUUCGCAAUCCCGCCCUCCUCAAGAAGCUCGCCCGACCUGAGGAUCUGAUGCACCACUUCCCCAAUGGCGCUUAUAUCGGCUGGUCUGGUUUCACCGCCGUCGGUUAUCCCAAGAAGGUCCCUGUCGCCAUGGCCGACUAUGUCGAGCAGAACAACCUCCAGAGCAAGCUCAAGUACUCUCUCUUCGUUGGCGCCUCGGCCGGUUCCGAGACUGAGAACCGAUGGGCCGCUCUCGACAUGAUCAACCGCCGAAGCCCUCACCAGGUCGGCAAGGACAUUGCCAAGGGCAUCAACUCUGGCCGCAUCAACUUCUUCGACAAGCAUCUGUCCAUGUUCCCCAGUGACCUUGUCUACGGCUACUACACCAAGGACCGCGCCAACUCUAACCUUGACGUGACUGUCGUCGAGGCCACUGACAUUCUCGAGGAUGGCAGCUUUGUGCCUGGUGCCUCGGUCGGUGCCACCCCUGAGCUCAUCCAGAUGGCCGACAAGAUCAUCAUCGAGGUCAACACCGCCAUCCCCUCUUUCAAGGGUCUCCACGACAUCACCUUCACCGACCUUCCCCCCCACCGCAAGCCCUACAACAUCACCGCCGUCGAGGACCGCAUCGGAUCCCCCUCGGUCAAGGUUGACCCCUCCAAGGUUGUCGCCAUCGUCGAGUCCGACUACUGGGAUGCCACCGGCCCCAACGCCCCCGAGGAUGAGACCUCUCGCCAGAUCGCCAGCCACCUGAUCGAGUUCUUCGAGCACGAGGUCGCCCAGGGCCGCAUGCCCGAGAACCUCCUUCCCCUCCAGUCCGGUAUUGGCAACGUCGCCAACGCCAUCGUCGGUGGCCUGAACGAGUCCAAGUUCAAGAACCUCAAGGUCUGGACCGAGGUUAUCCAGGACACCUUCCUCGACCUGUUCGACUCUGGCAAGCUCGACUACGCUACCGCCACCUCGAUCCGAUUCUCCCCCGAUGGCUUCAAGCGCUUCUACGACAACUGGGACGCCUACGCCGACAAGGUCCUCCUCCGAAGCCAGGCCGUCUCCAACGCCCCCGAGAUCAUCCGCCGCCUCGGUGUCAUUGGCAUGAACACCCCCGUCGAGGUGGACAUCUACGCCCACGCCAACUCCACCUGCGUUAGCGGCUCUCGCAUGCUCAACGGUCUCGGUGGUUCCGCCGACUUCCUCCGCAACUCCAAGUACUCCAUCAUGCACACUCCCUCCAGCCGACCUUCCAAGACCGACCCCAACGGUGUCUCGUGCAUCGUCCCCAUGUGCACUCACAUCGACCAGACCGAGCACGACCUGGACGUGAUCGUCACCGAGCAGGGUCUCGCCGAUGUUCGCGGCCUCAGCCCCCGCGAGCGUGCCAAGGUCAUCAUCAACAAGUGCGCGCACCCCAAGUACCAGCCCAUCCUGAACCACUACUACGACAAGGCCGAGUUCGAGUGCCUCAAGAAGGGCAUGGGCCACGAGCCUCACCUGCUCUUCAACGCCUUUGACCUCCACAAGGCCCUUGCCGAGGAGGGCAGCAUGCUCAAGGUCAAGCCUUGGUAA